AUGGCCAUGCUCAAUGGGAUUAAAGAGUUCUUGCGUGCCCAACUUUACGGCCCUUCUCCCAGCAGAGCGAAGUCUGAAGAAUCGGGCAAUACAGGUGUGGAUGAUCUGCCUGCCGCUACAGACCUUUGGGGGAAAGUUCAGAGGGAGUUGAAGGACCCUGGCCGCUACAGAUCGAUGGAGACCGACGACCGACGAUUCGACGACAAGUUUAGACGGAUGUACAAGAGAUUCCGAGAAGAACUGAGAACUUGCUCGGGCACAUGGCACGAGGCCCCUUGGUUGGUAUUUGACCGGUUCAAAUGGUCCGAAGUCCACAGGGCGAAAAUACAACUUGGCCUGCUCUCUGAAGCCGAAGGUGCUGAUCCAAUUCCGAGGCUCAGGAAGGUCUUGAUGGCGACGGGUCUCUACAUCGUCCUGCUCGCGACGAGGCAAAGCCUGGACCGCAUGAUGAAGGAUAUUCAAAAAACCCUCGAAGAAGACUUUCCACUGCUGGCCAGAACCCAGAUGCGAUUCUGGACACCUGAGAUGCGGCAGCUCAAGAGCGAAGAAGUCAUGACCGUGAGGGGGUGGGAGACAUUCAACCGGAUGCUGGAAAACAUGUCGCUUGAGCUCUCGGUUGCCUUGGGGCAGAUCAAAAAAGGGAAUGUUGAUGACCAAGCUGGAACAGAAGAAGGUAAUCGGAAGCCAAUAUGCGAGGUGCUGCGUCGUGAGAUCCACAAGGAGCAUCCUCACUUGGACCUACCAGAUCUUAGCCUGCAUGUUGAGUUGUGA